AUGGAUCUUCUAUCAGUUCUGCCAGGCUUCGCGACAAAACCAUACGCACAUCUGCUGCCCUCAUUAGAGCGCAGCAGACUCACUACCGUCGACCUUAUCACGCUUGACACGCUUGAGAUCGCGAAACGCGCCCAUGUUCCCCCCGCAGACGUCCGGCGCUUUUGCGCCCGCGUCAUCGAGGCGCUGCACGCCGACGUCGGUUUCCAGAAAACGAAUUCCGGCAUAGAAUCCACGGAAGACGAUGACUCCAGUUCAAGUGUUGGUCCAGAUGCUGAAUUUAGUCUCCGCCCGUCGUCCGAGCUUCAGUCGUCGCGAUGCGGUAUGAUCAGCACCCUGGACCCCGCAAUGGAUGCGCUCUUGGGAGGCGGCAUUCAAACGGGAUAUUUGACCGAGGUGACAGGUGAAAGUGGUAGCGGCAAGACCCAAUUCCUCUUGAGCCUUCUUCUGGCAGUUCAGCUGGCCGAACCCCGUGGCUUACAGAAACGUGCCAUCUACAUAUCAACGGAGCAUGUCUUGGCCACAAAUCGUCUCUCCCAAUUACUCGAAUGCCAUCCAUACCUCUCAAGUCUCCCUGCCGACCAGGCCCCGACGCUCGAAAAUGUUCUCUCUAUUAACGCGAUGGAUAUGGAGACUCAAGACCAUAUCCUCAAUUACCAGCUCCCCGUUGCAAUUGCAAGAUACGAUGUGGGCCUGGUCAUAAUCGACUCUAUUACAUCAAACUACCGCGCCGAGAACAACGACCACAGCGCAGUAUCUCUCUCUACCCGAUCCACCGAGCUCGCCAGGCUAGGCCAGAUGCUCCGCAAUCUCGCAGCAAAAGAGAACAUCGCAAUCGUUAUCGCAAAUCAAGUCUCGGACCGAUUCGGACCACUCGAAAACGUCACCGACGAGCUCAUAUCAGCCACAUUUCCACUUGCAUCGAGUCCAACAGGAGGCCCGGAUUCCGGCAUUGCCUCGCCAAUUCCCCCAAACGUAGCCGAUAUUCCGGCCCCAUCCACACAGUCACAGCAAGAUGCUCCCCCUUCCUCGUCCGAAGAUUCGUCACAAACCCCAGCGGAGGAAGACCCGUUCUCGGGAUUAUAUGCCAUCGGUGAUCCAGCUCGGAUCAAAUUCAUGACUCUUAUGCACCAGGAGCGGUUCUUUACUGGCUGGGGAGACACUAGAUACCCCGUUGAAUCGUCUCUUAAGACCCCAGCAAUGGGCUAUUUCUGGUCGACGCAGAUUGCGUGUCGCAUUGCGCUGAAAAAGGAAACUCGCUCUCUAUACGUGCCUUGGGAUGGUGGAUAUCCUUUAUCCACGCCUUUAGACCAGAUGGAUCCCCCCGAAGAGAAGGUGGAGGAGGUAUUUGAGGUAUCCGAGGAAAAGCCUGGCUUUGAAACGGCACGACAGACGCAUACAGGGGAAUUAGAAGCUGAAUCAGAGGCCCUAACCUCAGAAAAACCGCCUCCUCCCCUAUCUCCCAGGAAACCCAUAAAGGCAUCGGAACCAGAACCAGAACCGGAACCAUUCCAACGGUCCGUAUCUGCAUUUGUCCCCGAGCCAGAGCAAACCACAAGACGAAUCAUGAAAGUGGUAUUUGCUCCUUGGACUGGCGGAGUGGAGCCGGUGACCAAUGAGAUGGAAUGGCCACCCAGACCAAAAAUUAGUGAGACUGCGUUUGAGAUUUGGGAAGGCGGAUUGCGGAGUAUUGAUCCAGAAGAGUGA